AAACCAAAAGAGGAAGUAAAAGUUUCCAACUUUUUAUCUUGUCAAACUUAUAUUCAAUACAAUUUCUUGAUUAUUUUCACUCUAAAUGGUAUCGAAUACGACCUUCAAAAAUGUUUCAAGAGCCAGACUACAGAGAAAAUCUAUCAUUGAUGUUAUCAGAAGUUUUACAUGACAUUGGUGUCAAUGAAAGAAUGGUGAUCAGACGCAGAAGACAAAACAUGCUGAGAGAGGCUAUAAGUUAUAUCAAAAACAGGUUAAUUGAUUACAAUGUAACUGAAUAUUAUCUAGGGAGUCAGAGUGAAGGUACAACUACUACAGGACUAAAUUCAGACAAGGAUAUACUAGUAUGUGUGUGUGAUGUCAAUAUAAUACAAGACUGGUCAGAGUGGGAACAUGGCAAGACAAACUACUUCAUGAUACAUGAUGAGAACACUACCCCUGGUUAUUGUCUCUUACAACUGCUCCGACAUGAUGAACCUCUUCCUGUCACUUUAAUUCCUGAUGAACACCAUAUAUCUGAUAGAAGUGGAAGAAUUUUGUUAAAAAACACAAAAUUUAAUGGUGUCAUUUCGGAUGCUGUAGAUCAUGGUCCAUCUAACGCUUUACAAGGACAACCUGGAUUAUGUGAUACAGACUAUGUGCCAGCUUUUCAUUGUAAAUCAUGGCCUCAAUCAGCAUCAGGUUGGUUUGAGAGACAAGGUAUUGACAGAUGGCCAACACAAGACAUGAAAAGAUAUGCAGCCAGUACUGGAUGUUUUGUUGUUCCAACUGGAAGUAAGGUCAGUGAAUAUCCUGAACUGGAAUGGAGAAUAUCUACAUCCCUGGAAGAAAGAUGUCUUAUGUUCAACCUAAAUAUAACACAAAUAAGGUGCUAUGUAUUGUUGAAAAUGAUUCUUAAAUACUUCCUAAAUCCUCAAGGGGAAAUUAAUAUAUCAAGUUUUAUGUGUAAAACAGUUCUUCUACAUUGUAUAGAAAAAACAGAGUCAAGUAUAUGGAAAGAAAAAAAUUUAUUUACAUGUUUAACAUACUGCUUAUUAGAAUUACACAGCUGUGUACAUAAUGACAGUUGUUCACAUUUCAUAAUCCAAGAAAACAAUUUGAUGGCAGGGCAAUUUACAGCUGGAAAAAAACAUGAACUUUCCAAAUAUAUAACUGAAUUUAUACAGAAUGAUGGACAUGGGUUACUUAGAAUUGAUAUUGAUGAUCUAGGUCAAAGACUGCAAGUUAAACUGAACAUGGUACCACAUGGAGCAUACAAUUUUCAGUCUUCUCAUGAAAUAUAUGAAAUGCAUUUGGCCUCAUUAUAUGUAAACAUUGCAAUACAGACAAGUAGAUGUAAUAUGCUUCUUUUACAGAAUCAAAACAUGAGCACAAUGAAGCAAACUGUUUGUAAACUAAUGACCUUCAAUGAUAAUAGAUUACAACAUGUUGCAUUCAAGUUUCUAGCACCUUUAUUUUUUACCGCAUAUGGAUCUGUCAUGACAUCAUCGAGUAUUGGUGAAAAAAAUCAAGUGUCACCUGAAGCAUUGGUUUGGCUAUCAGCUGGUUUAAACUCGGAUAUCUCAUCUAGCAGACUUAAAUUGGCUUCAGUCUUCUACAGUACAGGAGAUAUGGAGAAAGCUGAACUAAUUUUGAGGCACACUGAACAACAAUAUUACUCUUAUCCUGUUUUACCUAUCUGUUGCAGCUGCUGGAAAAGGCCUCAACCACCAGUAACAUCAGAAUUCGUGCGGGCAUGUUGUGAGCAAAGUGAGGACAGUAUCAAACAUAUUACACCAUUUUGUGUCAUAUUUAUACAGGAAGAGAUCAACUGUGUCCCUCGUGAACUACAAUAUGAAAUGUUCAGAUCUACACAAGAUGACAUGAUACACAGAGAUGAAGGUAAAGACUUUUGGAUGGACUGGGCUGAAGUUGAUUCUCUUCCUUUCCUGUACUUCCUACAAUAUAAAGUCUAUCGCCAUCUACAAAAACAUCAAUACCAACAACAAGCACUUAGUAAACUUAUAAGAACCAUAGAAACAGAUGAAAAUCUUGGACAUAGAGAAACAGCUUUCAACAUUUUAGGGCAAUGUAUGGAACAAGAAAACAGACCUCAAGAAGCAUUAAAAUGCUACCUGCUUUCUCUUCAACAAAGGGCAAGAAACAAUGUAGCAAACUUCCAUAUAUGUAAGCUCCUUUCUAGGGUAUUGACUGGCCGAUAAAACAUGUGGUCAAAAACAGACAGUAUUAAGACUUAAUUUCUAUUGAUCAAAAUCAUAAAUCUUGUGUGUAAUAACAAAUCUUUUUUUUCUUUUAUUAUCUUUUAUAUGUUUGUCAAGUCACACUUGUUGCUUAAAUGUUCAUUUUCAUUAAUAAAUGACAAAAAUA